ACAGUUAAAGAGAAAGCUCUGCACUUCCUUCUCAGAGAACUAAACGAGUACAAACCGGUUUUAGUGAAAAUCAAACUCCGCAGCUGUCUAGUGAAGAGAGGAAUAAGGAAAAAAAAAAGAAAACUUUUGGAAGGAAACACAAAAUUACGGAAGUAUACUUCCUGACUUGACGACCAGAGACUUUUCAGUUAGAAGAUGGAAACGUCCACUCCAACUCACACCGGUGCUGAUCAGACAAAUAUGUCAGCUCAGACAGGAGGAAACAUCUGUGCUCCCGUUCUCCAUGGAAAUAAUAUUCACUCAGUGAUUAUAAAUAAUGUUCAAGGAGGUCAGAUAGUUUCCAGCUCCAGCACCAGUACAGUUCAGGCUGGAGUCUCUUCUGCUCUUGUUGAAAAUUUGGUCGCUGUAUAUAAACAAAAAAUGGAGGAGAGGUUUUGCGAAAUUAAUGAAGGAAUCUCCCAGCAUGGAACAUCAACCCUUCUGAAUGAGAUCUACACAGAGCUCUACAUCAUGGAAGGAGGGAGUGGAGAGGUCAAUAUGGAACAUGAGAUCAGACAGAUUGAGACAACAUCAAAGAAACUAGUAACAGGGGAGAAACCCAUCAGUUGCAAUGACUUAUUUAAAGACAAACCCAUCAGAGCUGUGCUGACUAAAGGAGUUGCUGGAAUUGGAAAAACAGUCUCUGUACAUAAGUUCAUUCUGGACUGGGCUGAAGGAAAAGCAAAUCAGGAUGUUCUCUUCAUAUUUCCACUUCCUUUUAGGGAGCUCAAUUUGAUAAAGGGUGCAUUGAGUCUGAUGGAGCUCCUUCAUAGCCUUUUCCGAAAUGUCGAAGGACUAAAAUCAAUAGACUAUAACGCUUACAAAGUCAUGUUCAUCUUUGAUGGUCUGGAUGAAUGUCGACUUCCUCUAGAUUUCCAGAACAAUGAAAGCCUAUUUGAUGUAACACAAUCAGCCUCCAUUGAUGUGCUGCUGACAAACCUCAUCAAGGGGAAUCUGCUUCCCUCUGCUCUCCUCUGGAUAACUACUCGACCAGCAGCAGCCAAUCAGAUCCCUCCUUACUGUAUUAACCAGGUAACAGAGAUACGAGGGUUCAGUGACCUUCAGAAAGUGGACUACUUCAAGAAGAGAAUCAGUGACCAGAGCCUGGCCAAUACAAUCAUCUCACACAUGAAGUCCUCAAGAAGCCUCUACAUCAUGUGCCACAUCCCAGUAUUCUGUUGGAUUGCAGCCAUUGUUUCAGAGAAAGUGUUGGGUGAAUCAAAGAGUGGAGAGAUCCCCAAGACUCUGACUCAAAUGUUUUCACACUUCCUGAUCAUUCAGAUCAAACACAAGGACCAAAAGUAUCAUGGAAAACAUGACACUGAUCCUCAGCAGACUAGAGAGAUUAUUAUGGCACUGGGAAAACUGGCUUUCCAACAGCUAGAAAAAGGCAAUCUGAUCUUCUAUGAGGAAGACCUGAGAGAGUGUGGCAUUAAUGUCAGAGAAGUGACAGUGUGCUCAGGAGUGUGUACCCAGAUCUUUAGAGAGGAGUUUAAGCUAUACCUGGUGAAGGUGUUCAGCUUUGUUCACCUGAGUGUUCAAGAGUUUCUGGCUGCUUUAUAUGCAUUUCUCUCAUUCAUCAGCAGGGAUAGAACAAAACAGCUAACAGCAGAUCUGUCUGACAUUUUCAAACAGUCCAAAAUGUCAGACUUCCUCAAGUGUGCAGUGGACAAGGCCUUACAGAGUAAGAAUGGACACCUGGACCUUUUCCUCCGCUUCCUUCUGGGCCUCUCAAUAGAGUCCAAUCAGAAUGUCUUACAAGGCCUACUGACACAGACAGGAAGCAACUCUCACAGCAAAGAGGAAACAGUCCAAUAUAUCAAAGAGAAGAUCAGGGAAAAUCCCUCUCCAGAGAAAUCCAUUAAUCUGUUCCAUUGUCUGAAUGAGCUGAAUGAUCAUUCUCUACUUCAGGAAGUUCAAACAUACCUGAAAAGAGAUAUAAUUUUAAAUGAAAUCUUUGAUGAUAAAUUUCAUCUCAGUGGAAUCAGUCUCUCUCCUAGCCAGUGGUCAGCUCUGGUGUUUGUGUUGAUGUACUCGGAGCAAGAUGUGUUUAAUCUGAGUAAAUAUGAUGCAUCAGAUUAUUGCCUUCAAAAGCUGCUACCAGUCAUCAAAACCUCCAGAAAAGCUGAGCUGAACAACUGUAAUCUCACAGAGAAAAGCGGUAAACCUCUUUCCUCAGCUCUUGGCUCAUACUCCUCGAAUCUGAGAGAACUGGACCUAAGUUUCAAUAAACUGCAAGAUUCCAGAGUGGAGCAGCUCUCUGAUGGACUGAAAAACCCACACUGUAAACUGGAGAUACUGAACCUGUACACAUGCAAUCUCACAGGGAAAAGCUGUGCAGCUCUUUCCUCAGCUCUCAGCUCAAACCACUCACGUCUGCGAGAACUGAACCUGAGUAACAAUAAACUGCAGGAUUUAGGAGUGGAGCAGCUCUCUGCUGGACUGAAGAAUCCACAAUGUAAACUGGGGUUACUAGAGCUGUGUGACUGUAAUCUCACAGAGAAAAGCUGUGCAGCUCUGUCCUCAGCUCUCAGCUCAGACUCCUCAAGUCUGAGAGAAUUGAACCUGAGUGACAAUAAACUGCAGGAUUCAGGAGUGGAGGAGCUCUCUGCUGGACUAAAUAAUCCACACUGUAAACUGGAGAUCCUGAAGCUGCAAAACUGUAAUCUCACAAAGAAAAGCUGUGCAGCUCUGUCUUCAGCCUUCAGCUCAAAUUCCUCAAGUCUGCGAGAACUGAACCUGAAUACCAACAAACUGCUGCAGGAUUUAGGAGUCGAGCUGCUCUCUGCCGGACUGAAGAAUCCACACUGUAAACUGGAAACACUGAGGCUGUGUGACUGUAAUCUCACAGAGAAAAGCUGUGCAGUUCUGUCCUCAGUUCUCAGCUCAGACUCCUCAAGUCUGAGAAAACUGAACCUGAGUAAAAAUAAACUGCAGGAUUCAGGACUGGAGCAGCUCUCUGCUGGACUGAAGAAUUCACACUGUAAACUGGAGAAACUACAGCUGUGUGACUGUAAUCUCACAGAGAAAAGCUGUGCAGUUCUGUCCUCAGUUCUCAGCUCAAACUCCUCAAAUCUGAGAAAACUGAACCUGAGUGACAAUAAACUGCAGGAUUCAGGACUGGAGCAGCUCUCUGCUGGACUGAAGAAUCCACACUGUAAACUGAAGAAACUACAGCUGGAUAACUGCAUUAUUACAGGUCAAGGCUGUGCUGUUCUGGCUUCAGCCUUAAAAUCAAACCCCACCUCUCAAUUGGAAGAGUUGAUCAUGUACAACAAUGAACUAGGAUUUUCAGGAAUGAAUCUGCUCAUUGGUCUACAGGAGGAACCACCCUGUAAACGGAUGAAAAUAUAUGCCUGUUCUUGAAAAUGAAUUCAGUGAAACAUAAUCUUUCUCCUCUGGAACCUGCCUACUCAUGCAUGUGAUUGGCUGGAGUCCUGUAAUGAUGCUUACUGUGAUUGCAUGAGGUACUUCUUUGACAGCUGCACCUGACGUCCUCGAGGCUUUCCUCCAUGGUGGCUUGGGACGACUGUUUUUAGAUCAGAACUGCAGCUCAGCAAGAUGUUUGUUUUAUGGCUAGUAUAUUGUCUGUCUUUGUCCGAAAUGUAUUAGCUCAGCUCUACCCCUUGUUCUCUGCCCAAGUACCUAUACUGUUUAGCAGUAAGCUCAUGAUCUUCCUCUGUAACUUUCACUCUUAUGCCGACCAGGGUGUAGGAGUGGCUGCCAUUUUUUUUUUUACUUUUAAAUGUUUUCUAUUGUUUUUGAUAUAGUCUGGGAGUUAGGUAGAUGGUGUGUAUUUGUGUUUCUUUAUUUUGGCAUAGGUAAGUUAGUUCUCUAAAUCCCUAGCUAGCCUGGUUAUGUUUGUUGUGCAUACUCACUCUGUGUUGUGCAAACAAAAGAAUUAACAUGGCUUGAUGUGUUUAAAUGUCAACUGGGUCUCUUUUGUCUUUUUUAUGUUAUGACCAUCACAAACCCCUAGACAGGUCAUAACAGUACUU